AUGGUCUUGGUCAGAGAUUCAACUGGCACCUACAGACUAGGCCGUGCUCUACUGGACUCGUGUUCGCAAGAACAGAAGCAUUCUACAACUGGGCCCAUGCUCCAAAAGACACUGUUUGGUUGGGUAGUGACAGGAAAGUCUCAUCCGCAACAGUCUCGAGAGCUUGCUGCUAGUUUUAAGCUUGAUGCCACUUCAAUUGACGAUCACAUUAAACGCUUAUGGGAAAUUGAAUCAUUUGAAACAUCAAAGGUGCUGUUGAAACCAGAACAUCGAGCUUGUGAGGAACACUACGUAAAAACGACUGUUAUAAAUGACAGUGGUCGCAUUGUUGUAAGGCUGCCGUUUAAGAACAAUCCCAGUCAACUUGGUCAUUCAUUCGACAUAGCACGCCACAGAUUUCUCAGCUUGGAACGCCGUUUGGCACAAUCUUCGGAACUUCGCUUACAGUAUUGUCAAUUCAUGGAGGAGUAUGAACGUUUGGAAUAUAUGUCGCUGGUCACAGAACCAAACUUAUCGGAACCUCACUACUCCAUACCUCACCAUUGCGUUUUGAAGCCCAGCAGCGAAUCCACAAAGCUUCGAGUGAUCUUCGAUGCCUCGUGUCGAACAUCCAAUCAAACUUCGCUCAAUGAUCAUUUACUUGUCGGCCCGACUCUCCAAGACGAUUUAUAUUUGCUGUUGUUGCGUUUCAGAUUACAUCACCAGUCAUAA